AUGCCUCGUCGCGAGGAGAAUGCAAAAAUUAUGGUUAGAACCAAAGGUUUGGGUCGGAUUUUAGACCAAGUUAUAGGAAGAGCCCUAUGGAGAGAACACGUGGAUCACACAGCUAACGAGGUCCAAGAACAACCUAAAGAAGUAGUUGUUGAUGAUGAAGUUGCUGAUGUUGAGGGUUUUCCAGGCGGGUUGCACGACACAUCAGUUCUGACUGAACGUCCUGAAUUGAAGUUAUCAUCCCAUGGAAGGAAUGUUCAGAAAUUCGGCAAGCCUGUUAUAGAGAUUGAAGGCUUAGUUGCUACCACAAGAUUAAGUCCUCUGAUUGCAUGUUCCUUGGGUACUAGUGAUCAGGGACUUAUAUCGACUUUUGUAGAGAAGUGGCAUAAGGAAACUUGCAGUUUCCAUUUUCUUGUAGGAGAGGUGACUAUUACCCUUGAUGAUGUGGCAUUUUUACUUCAUCUGCCCAUCAUAGGCGCCUUCCAUAACUUCAAGGCUCUUCAUAUUGACGAAGCGAUGUUGCUGUUAGUCGAAUUACUUGAGGCUAUUGCUGCUGAAGAUUAUCAUGAGAGGAAACCAUGUGCCUACCACUGGAAGUCUGGGAAGGCAUUACCAGUGUCGACGUAUCGGAAGCGUCUAGAUAGAGUGACGUUUGAUGGUGUUUGUUGGAUGCCUUACGGAUGCCUGCAAGCAAUAGCUAAAAGGUUGGUACGAUUGUUGAACCUGAGGAUAGUGACAGAAGGUACAAAAGCAUACAAUGUGAUGGAAGACUGCCUAAGGAUUGCCAAAGGUGUCACUGCAGAAUGCAAUGUAUAUGUACGGUCACAACGAAGACAGCGUAUAGAAGACACAUGA